GGUUCAAUGCUAAAUUUUGGUUCGGUUUUGGUUUAGAUACGAUUCGGUUAUUUCAGUCCGGUUCAAAUCCGUAAGUGUUGUGGAUAAUGUUAAGAGAGUUUUUGGCGUUUUGGGUAUAGGACUAUACACGUGUCGUAAAACGGUGGCUUAUCGGCUUCCACGUGUCAGUAGCGCACCAUCUUCCUUUCUAUAUAGCCAAUGCUACAAAAUUCUCUGUUAACUUCACACUACUAGUAUGGAGAAUCAUGGAGGAAGAAGAAGAGACAUAGCCAUAACCGAUGGAGAAAGGAGGACUGGUUCUUCGGUUGUGGCUGCAACCGUAGCAGCUGUAGCAGUGGUCGGGCCGCUUUUUGGUCUGAUGAGUUUCAGCUUUGUGGCGACGGUGACUCUGUUUCUGAUCGCUUCUCCAUUGCUGCUGACAUUUGCUCCAGUUUUUAUGGUGAUGGUAGCGGUUCUUGUGGCGGCUAUGGUUGGUGUUGGGGUAGCUGCAGCCAUGUGGAUGAUGGGAAUAGCUGCUUUGGUAUGUUGUGGCCGAGAGAUUGGUAUUGAAACCGGAGUGGCUGGGAGGAUGGUUGAGUCGGUUGUGAGAGAAUUAGGUUAUGGUCGGAGUCGUUACUUACGAAACAAAUCAGAGUAUGGCUAUUCUUCUUCUUCUCGAGCUUACUAGUUCAAACUUGGAAAAAUUCAUGGGAAUUUCAAGGAGAUGGUGAAUAAAGAAAACACAGAGAUAUGGUUAUGAUAAGAAAACAAAAAUUUAAGCAGAAGUUUUUCGAGAGAUAAACCUGUAAUGUCUAUCCAAAGAAAUCUACUUAUGCUAUAUCAAUUUUUUUGUCGUGUUUUUUUUUUCCUAAGUCAAUACAAACAGAUUUAAAAAAAAAGAAAAGAUUGUAAGUUUCUUUUUGGUCAAAAAGAUUGUUAACUUUAAAUGAUAUAAUAAUUUUAAAAGGUUGAAUUAA